AUGUCGCUUAUUAGCUUCUCUGACCAGGAAAAUAAUACGGCUUCUCAGCCGAAGAAGCUCACAUUCAAGACACCCUUGAAAUCACACCACUUGGAUAACAACAGGCGGCAGAAGCAGCUAUCACAGAAAAAGCUCCAGCUUUCGAACCAGGAGAACAGGUCGAGAGUGCCGUUGGGUGGAAAAGAUGGAAAUACACAGCAGGCCUUGUUUCCUUCUAGGUCCAGUCCCAGCGAAUCAUCGAGCUUGCUCCUCAACCUCGAGAAAAGCUCAAACAGUUUGGCUAAGAAGAUUUUCGUGCAGAAGGACCAGGACAGCGCCAUAAAGGGAUCUUCGACACAGCGGCGCCGACUCAAGUACCAGACGCCGCUCAAAGGCACGAACAAGAACCUUCUCUCAGAGUUUGACGAUGUCAUCUCGCUUUCGCCGGUCAAAAAGCAAGCCACGCGUCUGAACACGCUGUAUUCGCGAAACCUAUUAUCUCUGCUUAUGGACACUGAGGAGGUACAGCUGAGGGUAUAUACAGAUGAAAUUGAGAUCGUGCCCACCGCCAGAGAGGAGGCACUCCCGUAUGUGCCCGUGGAUGCCUUUACGAUUGACGACUUGGACAUAGCGGCGAUCAAGCUGAAUGGGAUACGCACCAGUUCCAUGUCAACGGUUGAUCGUGAGUGGGAGUUUCCUGAAACCGGCAUGCCGAGCUCCGAAUAUACCGUGGAUUUUGAGGGACUCUCAUCAUAUUCGUCGCCCAUCGGCAGUCCGGUGUUGGUCGCCUAUGAGCAUGCAAUCACGCCACAUAAAUCCAGGACUCUGGGGGGCGAUAUAACUCCCGUAAUCAGCCAGGUAUUGUCAGAUGACGAGUUUUGUAUUGAAAAUGCGCCACUACAGGAAAUCGCUGCCGAAGAGUUGGACUUACUUCUUGAUUUUUAA